CGUCAUUUGUUUUGGCUUCGACCUGAGCUGAGUAGUUUUCAUUUUAUACUAGUAGAUUUCUACAGAUUUACGUGAUAAUUUCGUCCCAGGAAAGAUGUCGUCGCCGCUGUCAAAGCCUCAGAUUAUUACGCACAUUCAGAACAGUUUGAACUACACGGUGUUCGACAGUAAAUGGAUUCCGUGCAGUGCGAAGUUUGUCUGCUUGGGGAACUUUGCUAGAGGAACCGGAGUGAUUCAAAUUUAUGAAGUGCAGCAAGGAGAGGCUCAGCUAAUUAAGGAGCUAGAGAAACCUAAACCCAUAAAGUGUGGGACGUUUGGGGCCACCUCUCUUCAACAAAGACACUUAGCAACUGGGGACUUUGAUGGAAAUCUCAAUAUAUGGAAUCUUGAGACACCUGAUGUCCCUGUGUACACUGUAAAAGCCCACAAAGAAAUAGUUAAUAGUAUUGAUGGUGUUGGGGGCCUUGGGAUUGGUGAUGGCGCUCCUGAGAUAGUUACUGGAAGCAGAGAUGGAACAGUGAAGGUGUGGGAUCCCAGACAGAAGGAUUUACCUGUGGCCAAUAUGGAGCCAAUGGAGGGGGAAACCAAGAGGGACUGCUGGACUGUUACAUUUGGUCAUGCUUUCAAUGAUCAGGACCGAUGUGUGUGUGCUGGCUAUGACAAUGGUGACAUCAAACUCUUUGACCUGCGGAAUAUGUCCUUACGAUGGGAAACAAACAUUAAAAAUGGGGUGUGCUGUGUGGAGUUUGACAGGAAGGACAUCAACAUGAACAAGCUGGUGGCUACCUCACUGGAAGGAAAAUUCCACGUCUUUGACAUGAGGACCCAGCACCCCACCAAGGGUUUCGCCUCUGUUUCCGAAAAGGCUCACAAGUCAACCAUCUGGCAGGUGAGACAUUUGCCUCAAAACAGAGAUGUCUUCAUGACUGCAGGGGGAGCAGGCAACCUACAUCUAUGGAAAUAUGAGUAUCCCGGUCAGAGAAGCAAGAAGGACUCUGAUGGUGUGGAUGUGGGCGUCGCCGGUUCGGUCAACCUCUUACAGAAUGUCACUCUGUCCACGCAGCCAAUCGCCAGCCUGGACUGGAGCCCCGACAAGCAGGGCCUCUGUGUGUGUUCGGGUUUCGACCAGUCUGUCCGAGUGCUCAUUGUUACCAAACUCAACGUGGUGUAAAAAAAAAAGAUGGCAACAAAAUGUGAUGGACAAAAUCUAUGCAGGCAGACAUUAACUGGGACUCUCCGGUGGCGUGUAAAUCACUGCCUUUUGUGAGACUAAGUUGUCUUUAAUCAGACAGCACCAAUUUCCAUCUGUGUGUGUUAGUCAAUGUGUAGAUUCAUCUUGCCAGGAGGUUAAAUGUAAAGAAAUGGGGAAAAUAUUUGAGUUGAGUCAUUAAGUAUGUGGAAGGAUAACCCUGAUGUGUUCAUGUUGUGCAGAGGAACACUCCUGUAACACAACUGUUCCAUUUCUCAUGUUGUCGUAAAGCCUGAGCUGGGAUGAAGAAAUGAGUCAUACAGCUGCUGGCUUGAAUGGAGGCUCACUGGAAAAACUCCCUUUAUCUUUUACUAUUUACUCUUGGUAAACAUUGUUGUCAGCUUUAUGCAUUGUUAAAGUUGUCACUUUUGAUACAUUUUCAUUCAGAAAUCUGUUUUCUGUUUUUAAAUGUGUUUUUGGAGAAAAAGAGAUUACUGUUGUUUUCUGCUCAAUGUGUAUUGUACAUCCAUAGUAAAUAAAGUAUUACUUUUUUU